CUUAUAAAACUGUAUCGGGUGUGAAUGGUCCCCUGGUCAUCUUGGAUCAAGUUAAGUUUCCCAGGUACGCGGAGAUUGUCCACUUAACUCUCCCUGAUGGCACGAGAAGAAGUGGGCAGGUGCUGGAAGUCAGUGGCUCCAAAGCCGUAGUUCAGGUAUUUGAAGGAACUUCAGGUAUUGAUGCUAAGAAAACAUCUUGCGAGUUCACUGGGGAUAUUCUUCGAACGCCUGUCUCCGAGGAUAUGCUCGGCAGAGUAUUCAACGGGUCAGGGAAACCCAUAGACAGAGGCCCCAUUGUUCUGGCUGAAGAUUUCCUUGACAUAAUGGGUCAGCCAAUCAAUCCCCAGUGCCGUAUCUAUCCAGAGGAAAUGAUCCAAACUGGCAUUUCUGCUAUAGAUGGUAUGAACAGUAUUGCCAGGGGGCAGAAAAUCCCCAUAUUCUCAGCUGCUGGCUUGCCCCACAAUGAGAUUGCAGCUCAGAUAUGUCGCCAAGCUGGCUUGGUGAAGAAAUCCAAAGAUGUGAUGGACUACAGUGAAGAAAACUUUGCCAUUGUGUUUGCUGCUAUGGGUGUGAACAUGGAAACUGCUCGGUUCUUCAAAUCAGACUUUGAGGAAAAUGGGUCCAUGGACAAUGUGUGUCUGUUCCUGAAUUUGGCCAAUGAUCCAACCAUCGAACGCAUUAUCACGCCUCGUCUGGCUCUGACAACAGCCGAGUUCUUGGCGUAUCAGUGCGAGAAGCAUGUGUUGGUCAUUCUGACGGAUAUGAGCUCCUACGCUGAAGCUCUGCGAGAGGUAUCGGCAGCUAGAGAGGAAGUGCCUGGCCGUCGUGGUUUCCCCGGCUACAUGUACACGGACUUGGCUACUAUAUAUGAGCGCGCUGGGCGUGUGGAAGGCAGGAACGGCUCCAUUACCCAGAUUCCUAUUCUUACCAUGCCCAAUGAUGAUAUUACUCAUCCUAUCCCUGACUUGACUGGAUACAUCACUGAGGGACAAAUCUAUGUGGACAGGCAGCUGCAUAACAGGCAGAUUUACCCACCUAUCAAUGUCUUGCCCUCCUUGUCUCGACUGAUGAAGUCAGCUAUUGGAGAGGGUAUGACCAGGAAGGAUCAUGCUGAUGUAUCCAACCAACUGUACGCCUGCUAUGCUAUCGGGAAGGAUGUGCAGGCUAUGAAGGCUGUGGUUGGCGAGGAAGCUCUUACCUCAGAUGAUCUUCUUUACCUGGAGUUUCUGCAGAAGUUUGAGAAGAACUUCAUUGCUCAGGGUCCUUACGAAAAUCGCACUGUUUACGAGACCUUGGACAUCGGGUGGCAGCUCUUGCGAAUCUUCCCUAAGGAGAUGUUGAAGAGAAUCCCUCAGACAACACUGGCUGAAUUCUAUCCUCGAGAUUCAACUGCAAAACACUAGCCCCAGCUCCAUCCCUAACUCCUCGCUCUGUGAAAUGCUGUUUGUUUUCUUUUUCAUGUGUUGGUGUUGACUUGUCGCCCGUACCAUUAAAACCGAGAAUAGGUGACACUUGUGCCAGUGUUUCGACGUACACUGAUACCAGUUUUUAAAAUAUCCCUUCUUCCAAAGCCUGGAUCUUCAGGAAUGUAUUUAGACCAGCUCUUAACACAUGUGCAAUAGCUAUCGGGAAGCUUUUGGAACUGGACCUUUUGUAGGCAUU